AUGGCGUGCCUUGUGGCGCCACUUCGUUGCACCUCCUCCCACUCCCAUCUCACGCUCUCCUUCUCAAUCUCAAAACCUCCAAUUGGUUUUGGGGCCAAACUCUCUUCCAACGCGGCCGUUCCCACGAGUCGACUCGUCCGAAACUCGAUGAGUCAACCCGCCGCCGAAGCCAACUCGGACACCUCGAAAUCCGAGAUCCCCCCGGACGUCCUGGUUCAGUACGUGGUGCUCCGCCGUGACCUAAUCGACACCUGGCCGACGGGGAGCGUGGUCACACAGGGCUGCCAUGCCUCCGUAUCCGCCAUUUGGUCCCACAAAGACGACCCUCACACCCUCCAGUACUGCAGCCCAGAAAAUAUCGACUCUAUGCACAAGGUUACUCUUGAGGUGAAAGGAGAACCCCAGAUAUUGAACUUGUCCGAGAAGCUCACAGCUGGUGGCAUAGCACACAAACUGUGGAUUGAACAACCUGAAAACUACCCAACUUGUCUCGCCACAAAACCUUACCCCAAAUCCGUGGUGUCGGCAUAUUUUAAAAAGUUGAAACUCUGUAAGUGA